AAUUUUCCUCUCCUCCUCAGAGGGUAAAAUCAAAGUAAAAAUGUACUUACAUGUGCUGCUUGAUGCUGCGUGAAUGACAGGUAUCUCCUCGACUGCAUAGGUGUAGAUACCGGCUAUGCUUUCUUUUCAGAUUGCUUGUUAACCUCUCAGGUAUGUUGCCUCAACGAGAGCUCAACUGGUUAUGAGGUCGGAAGCCGUGUUGAGAGGUGAGAAAAUGCUGUGAUAACCAUGAAAUAUUUAAUAACUGAUAAUAUUAGAAAUCAAUAAGCAUCACGAGAGGCGGGAUGCUAUUCAAAAUAUAGAUUGUUUGAGUGAGCCCUAUGUUGAGACGUAGAGGAGAUUUUUCUCUUCACCUUCUAGCAGGUGUUGGUGUCACUCAGCAGACACCAUCCCAUGCUGAGUUCUGGAGGAGAUUUUUUUUUCGUCUUCUAACACAUGUCGCUCAUGCGAGGAUGCUAUUUGAAAAUAUAGAAUGUUUGAGUGAAUGUGACAGUUUUUUAUGAUAGGAAAGAAUACUUACAAAUCUGAAUGAUGUUGAUAACGAUGUGGGAGCACGUGUUGUUCUGUGCCUAGGGGAGAAAUUUGAAUUUUUUUCGCCUUGUAGCACGCUUCGCUCUCACUCUCACAAGUCUGGAACAGAGAGAGAAACGUAUGGUAUAUAAACAGAAGUAAUGAGAGGAAAAUUGUCAUUUACAUCAGAGUCAGAUUUGAAUAUACUUCACACAUCGUACGGGAUGAGUUCUCCAUCAUCUUCUCAAUCGUCCAUCUUACCAGAUAGCCCACCAGCCCACCAAUGCAUCCUCAACUACUGGCAGCGGAAAGCUGCCCUCGCUGCUGAGUCAUCUGCUGCUGCACCCGUCCCCUCACCGCGCAGCGUGGAACCACCAUCGCCAGGCGGCGAGAUUGUGCUGGGGGACAGUCCUCUACAAUGUCUAGCUCCACCUGCUAUCUUGGCACCGCGGCGAGUGGUGCUAACUACUCUAUCGAACAAGACCAAGCAGAAGCAGGGGAAGAGGAGGUUGACGUUUGAGGAGGGUGAAGUUAGCGGGGAAGAGGACGAGGAGACAAUCUACUCAUAAACAAAGAAACGUGCUGGAAUGGAGGACAACUCCUCCAUGGUUCCACUAGUAGAGGAGGUGCGGCGAGCGGGGGAUGAAUUGGACUUUGUGCAACUAAUCAACCAGCCUGUAGCCAAACCCUGGAUCCUGCUGAGGGAAUUAAAGGAGCACACUCCCUACCCCAUUAUUGCAGCGAGAGAGCAAACGAAUAUGCAUGGGCGGCGGGUUAUUUUAAAAAUUAUCAAUGCAGGAAGCAAAUCUGUGAGUGAGGUAUAUUUACCGCAACGAUUUGCUUCCUGCAUUAGCAUGGAGAAAAUAGAGCAAUUUAAUGCUAAUUGUAAAAAUUUUGUAAUGAUGGUAUCACAUAAGUCGGGGAAUUGGUCUGAUAUAAAAAUUGUUAAGCAUUAACAAUUUUUAUAUCUAUACAAUUCGUCAACUUAUGUGAUACGAAUUGUAUAGAUGUAUGUAUGUG